CAUACAGCAAGCACCAUUCUGUAACAACCAAGGUGUUAGAUGAUGACAGCAUUACUAAAAAUCGGUGGAAGUGAUUACAAAAACACUACCACUAGAUUGAUGGAACGGCUUUUCAGCAAUUAUGUAGCUGAGAAAUUUAGCUGGGUCGGGUCAAAAGGAAAAAGAAUUUUUUCAACACUUCAUUUGUGUCGUGUUAUUCUAGAUGUUGUCGGGAAAGCAUCGACCACAAAUUUGGUCACAGAAGAUAUGAUUGCGAAAGUCAUUAAAGAUUGGUUACGGCACGCGAAGGAACGAUUGUCACGAGAGAAACCGCCCCUAUCUUUGCACACAGAUGCAGAAGAAAACUCCGCCAGAGAACCAGAUGCCGAAGUAGAACUUAACGUUCCUGGAGUAGCUGAAGGGACUGAUUAUUCCAACUAAAAUACACGCACAUACCAAAUGACUGCCUAAAUUGGCAUUACAUGAUGAAAAUAUCUGAUGCUUCUGCGACUGUGAUUAUAAAAUUAAGUGGCACAUUUCUAUCCGUCUGCU